AUGUCAGAGGUGCCUGCCACCGCUACGCUAGCUGCAUUUCUGGCCGACUUCUUCCUUCAACCUUUGAGGUACCUCCCUACAUGGAUGCCAUGCGGCAGUUGGAAGAAGGAUAUUCUCGUCCUGAACAAGGAUCUGGAUGCCAUGCGUUAUGUUCACUCUAAAUUUGUCAAAGAACAGAUAGCACGAAGCUAUGUGGCAAGUUUUACGUCAAAGCACUUGGACGGCGAUCUCAACAUGACUCGAGGGCAGUUGGCCAAAGAUGCGGCAUUUUCUUUUUAUGCUGAUUUUCCCUAUGUGACGAAGGAAGACGAUGUCCGUGCCGAAUAUUCCUACAUAAGGGAACCGAAGAUUUUACGUGACCCUGAUACAUACACCGACCCCUUCAAGCUUAAGCCUGACAGGUUCGUCUUGACUGAGAGGCGUGUCACAGAACAAGAUCCUUGUAUGGUCGCAGUCUGA